AUGAAUGAAAUUGAUAACAACAUUAACGGCGAUGAAAAUAAUAACAUUGAAAAUAAUGACAACAUUAAUAAAGGCAAAAAGAAAACAUCACAAUUGCCCAUUGUUCAUGCAUGUUAUCUUAUAUUUAUGAAACUUAAAUAA